UACGCGUCAAAAAAAUUCGCGCGCGGUAUUACACUGUGUCGUUUAGCAGCAAACUAGCAAGAUGUCAGGCAUAUUUGAUAUCCCAAAACCAAGAAUAAACUGCUCCAUGCUGUCGCAGCAUAUUAACAGACCAGUCUGCUUCGUCGGCCGUGUUGAAAAGGUUCACCCCACUGGAAAAACGUUCACCGUAUCAGAUGGAGAAGAAAAGACUGCAACAGUUGAACUUAACGAACCUCUCAAUGAGGAGCUGUAUGGGAUAGUGGAGGUCAUCGGUAUGGUGUCAAACAAAGGAGCAAUAAUGGCCUCAUCAUUCAACAUCCUCAGAGAAGACAAAGGCAUACCCUUUGAUUUACAGCUCUAUAAUGAAGCCCUGAAGAUUGUUUAUGAUUUCCCCCAGCAUUACCCUUUCCAAACCACUGUGAGCGAAUGAGCUCUUAGCAUGUCAAUAUGGGAUUGUUUUGGUUUGUGUUUCACUUGUUGUGUCUGGUUUGGAUACAGAUGUACAAAAAUCUAUCAAUUUGUGUUUUCACUUUUAUGAAUAAAAGUUAAAUGUUAAAAAGC